AUGUUAGGAUCGAAUCGACAUCUCGAGGAACUGUCUUUGGACAGCAAAACUACUGAAUCCUUUACACAAUUAGCAGCAGGAUUAGAGAAGACGAUUUUGAGGAUGGUUUUGGAGAGUUUUGGCGUCAAGAAAUACACGGAUGAACUCGUCGACGCCACAAAUUAUACCCCGAGUGCCAUUAAAUAUGGAAGGCCACAUACUGACAAGGGCUGGAUAACUCUUUUGCAUCAAAACGAGGUAAAUGGAUUGGAGAUUCGAACCAAAGAUGGCGAACGGAUCAAUAUAAAGCCAUCAGCAAACUCUUUCAUAAUCAUCAGCGGCCAGUCCCUGGAAGGUAUGGUUAAAUGGUCGAUUGUCUGUGCCUUACCAUCGGGUCGUGACAAAAGAAACAAGGUAAGAUACAGCAUCGGAGUUUUUGCAAGACCGAGAGGAGGCUACCCUGUAAAGGUUCCUGAAGGGCUUGUGGAUGACAAAAAUGGUUUGCUCUUCAAACCCUUUGACUUAGACGAAUAUUUCCAACACUAG